UGCCAUGGUUUCCUCUCAAUAAAAACAUCCCUCUCUCGGCCGACCAUUUGAUUCCUCUCUCUCUCAGCUUGAAAAUGGAGUUUAAUCAGCCAACUAAAGAAAGCCCUGACCAAAUAGUAUAUACCUCAGAUGAUCACCAAGUUAGGUCAUAUACAUGCACCUUUUGCAAAAGGGGCUUCUCAAAUGCACAAGCACUUGGAGGUCACAUGAACAUCCAUAGAAAAGAUAGGGCUAAACUUAAAGAAUAUUCCGGCGACAUGACUGACAAGAAGGCUACUCCCUCUGAUCAUCUGAUUGUCGAUGAAGACGACUCGAAACUAGAUGGUAGUGAAGAGAAAAGUUGCAACAGCCCUAAAAGGCCUUGGAUUUUCUCUGGAGAAGAUGAGGAUGGUUCUAGAAGCGGAGAUGGCGUCGGAGAACCACGGAAGCUGGACUUGUUUGUUGAGACACCAUUGGUGAGAGAUGAUGCAGAGGCAAGCAGUGACGUGAGUGAGGAUGUGGAGAGAAGAGAGAAAUUGAGUCAUGGUUCAUCUAACAUAGAAUUGGACCUUGAGCUUCGGUUAGGGUUUGGAAGUUCAUGAGACAUGGACAUCAGGUAUAAACAUGGUUUUAAAUAUCGGCCGAUAUGAUAUUUUGCCCUCUGAUCCUAUUGAUACAUUCCAUUAUAUCACAUUCAUAUCGAUCGGUUUACAAUUGGUUUAA